UCUUUUUUUUGCUUUUUCGUGCAUAUUUUUCUACUUCUAAUCGCGCACGCUCGUCUUCUUUCUUAGCCAAGACGGAAGGUGAGCAUCAGUCUGCGGUAUAAUCGAAAGCGGUACGGACGUGGCAGCUCUAAGCGGCACUUGGCGAAUAUAAAACGGCGAUUAUGAGAACUCGAAAGUGUUAAUAGAAUUAUACGAAAAAACAUUUUGCAACUUUUCUUGUACAAAAUGUGGCUGAAAGCAUUCAGUAUAGCCGUGUUGGCGUUAUGUGCGGGAGCGAGCGCAUCGAAUUUGGAUCGUUAUGAAGGCUACAACAAAUACACAGUCUUCCAUGAUGGUGAGGAUGCCUUCAACUAUAUGGUCGAUCUACAAACAGAAUCAACAGAACUGGACUUUUGGCUGCUCACACGGAAUAUGUCCGUCGUAACAGUAUCGCCUGCAGAGCAGAGCACAUUUGAGGCGCGAUUAAAUGAAUUGAAUGCACCAUUUGUGGCCAAGCCGCUGAUGGAGGAGAUGUCCGCUUUCAAUGAAACACUCGGCAGUUGUGAGGGUUCGGAGUGCGAGCUGAAUCGACCAAGACGACAGGCGCGCGGUUUCUUCUCUCACUUUCCGCGCUAUUCAGAGAUUCUAAAUUAUAUGAGCGCUUUGGCUGCACGCCACCCACAAAAUUGCCGCUACGAAUCGCUGGGUCGCUCUAAUGAGGGUCGUCACAUUGCGGCACUGUCCAUUUCGCUAAACAGUCGUGUGCGUGAUCGUCGCGUUGCCUACAUACAGUCGGCGGCGCACGGACGUGAGUGGAUUACACCGUUAACUGUACUUUAUUUGGCCAAUGAACUGUUGAAUAAUUUGCGCGCAUUCCAAAGGGUGUUGCAAGAUGUUGAAAUUUAUUUGGUGCCAUUGGUCAAUCCCGAUGGUUAUGAGUACUCUUUCACGAAUGAUCGCUUUUGGCGAAAGAAUCGUCAUCGCUAUCCCGGCCGCUCCUGUGCUGGCGUGGAUAUCAACCGUAACUUCCCGAACAACUGGAACUCUCAUGGCGCCAGUCAAAAUCUCUGCUCUGAAGUCUAUUCCGGCACUGGUCCCACAUCGGAACCAGAGACAUUGGCAGUCGCACGUUAUUUGGAAUACAAUCGUCAUCGCGUCAAACUCAGUUUAGAUGUGCACUCAUUCGGAAAGUUCCUGUUCUAUCCUUACGGUUACUCGAGAAACGCCGCCGCCCCCACGCGCAAUCUACUGCAUUCGGUCGCUCAACGCGCCGCCAACCAAAUCGCCAAAUACCGUGGCACCCAUUACACCGUCGGCACUUCGGCAAGCAUACUUUACGAGGCUUCUGGCGGUUUGGAUGAUUAUGCUUAUGGCAAUUUGGGCAUCCCCAUGUCCUUCACGGUCGAGUUGCCCGGUGAGAAUUUCCAAGUGGCGCCAUCCGAUAUCAUACACAUUUGCAAGGAGACAUUCGCCGGCUUCAUCGAGUUUAUUCGACACGUUAGUUUGUAUUAGUGCAAGUGCCAAGGGGAGGGUCUGCUGAUGUUCUGCAGCUUGCAGAAGUGUUGUAUGUUAAUUACUUAAGUAAUGCAAUUAUUUUUUUAUGUCUGUGUUUUAAUUAGUAUAUAUUUAAGUAGCAACUUUGUGUACAAUUUAAUUUAAAUGAAAUAAAUGAGAUUUUAUAUUACGAAACAAAAAA